UCCAAAUAUUAAAAAAAAAAAAACAGAACCAAGAAACCACACCAGAGAAAAAUUGCUUCAUCAAACAAACAAACUUAUCACAUAACAGAAGAAAACAAGACACUACAAAAACAUAUAUAAAGAAGAUUGAAACAUCAACCAAAAGAACAGAAAAAUUCUGUAAAAGACAAGAGUCCUUCAAGAUAAAUAGCAACAUGACGGACGCCCACACUGCCCGAACUAUCGUCGGAAUCAUUGGAAACGUGAUCUCUUUCGGCUUGUUCUGCUCUCCAGUACCAACGAUGAUAAAGAUAUGGAAGAUGAAAUCAGUGUCGGAGUUUAAACCAGAUCCGUACGUAGCUACGGUUUUAAACUGCAUGAUGUGGACUUUUUAUGGACUUCCUUUUGUCCACCCCGACAGUCUCCUCGUCGUUACCAUUAAUGGAACUGGUCUUGUAAUGGAACUCGUUUAUGUUACCAUCUUCUUCAUCUUCGCUACAUCAGCUAUCCGCAGAAAGAUCACAAUAGCUAUGGUGAUGGAGUUGAUAUUCAUGGCGGUGGUGAUCUUCUGCACAUUGUACUUUUUGCAUACAACAAAACAGAGAUCUAUGCUUAUCGGGAUCAUGUGCAUUGUUUUCAAUGUUAUAAUGUAUGCUUCUCCUUUAACCGUCAUGAGGCUUGUGAUAAAGACAAAGAGCGUGAAGUACAUGCCGUUCUUCCUGUCAUUAGCCAGCUUCAUGAAUGGAGUCGUUUGGGUCAUUUAUGCAUGUCUUAAAUUCGACCCCUAUAUUUUGAUACCAAAUGGUCUUGGAUCCCUAUCCGGAUUAGCACAACUUAUAUUAUACGCAACUUAUUAUAAAACAACUAACUGGAACGAUGGAGAUGGAGAUAAAGAAAAGCGGUUUACGAAUGCUGAAAUCGAGCUUGACCGAGCUUGACACUUGCAUCUAUGGAUGCUAAUGUCCAGCUUCAUCGUUAGGUUAAGAGAGAAUCAGAAGAGAUGCUAAUGAAGAUACAACAAUGAAGACGAGGAAGCCCCGAAGUUGUAAGAUUUUCUUGAGUAGAAAGAAAGAAAUGGAUUUUUACUUUUUUUUUGUUUGGUUGUAAACUGAAAUGAUCAUAAUAUUGGCAAGUUCUUUUUUUUUUUGAUAAAAAUAAUAUUGGCAA